AGCAGACGGAUUUUCGACGGGAUCAGCGAAGGAUCGCCGCUACGCCCGUCCCCUCCCGGAAUAUCGCUGCCUCGCUUCCUUCAGACCGUUUCCAGUUUCGCCCACUUUUCCGUUGCUCUUUUUGGGAUCGCCCCGGCCAUGGAGGUCCAGAGCCGCGCGCCGCCCCCCUCCAUCCCCGAGAACGGGGAGCUGCAGGCGGAGGUGAACGGCCUGCGUCAUGGAGACGGGGGGGACGGGGGGGACGAGGAGGAGGUGCCCGUCUCCAAGUCCCAGAAGAGGCGCAGCGACAUCAAAGUGUACAAGGAGUUCUGCGACUUCUACGCCCGCUUCAACAUGGCAAAUGCCCUGGCAAAUGCCAUCUGCGAGCGCUGCAAGAGUGGCUUCGCUCCGGCGGAGAAGAUCGUCAACAGCAACGGGGAGCUGUACCACGAGCAGUGCUUCGUCUGUGCCCAGUGCUUCCAGCAGUUCCCAGAGGGACUCUUCUAUGAGUUCGAGGGCAGGAAGUACUGCGAGCACGACUUCCAGAUGCUGUUCGCCCCCUGCUGCCACCAGUGCGGGGAGUUCAUCAUCGGCCGUGUGAUCAAGGCCAUGAACAACAGCUGGCACCCCGACUGCUUCUGCUGCGACAUCUGCCAGGCCGUCCUGGCCGACGUGGGCUUCGUCAAGAACGCGGGCCGGCACCUGUGCCGCCCGUGCCACAACCGGGAGAAGGCGCGGGGCCUGGGGAAGUACAUCUGCCAGAAGUGCCACGCCAUCAUCGACGAGCAGCCGCUCAUCUUCAAGAACGACCCCUACCACCCCGACCACUUCAACUGCACCAACUGCGGUAAGGAGCUGACGGCCGACGCUCGUGAGCUGAAGGGGGAGCUCUACUGCCUGCCCUGCCAUGAUAAAAUGGGCGUGCCCAUCUGCGGCGCCUGCAGGAGACCAAUCGAGGGCCGCGUGGUCAACGCCAUGGGAAAGCAGUGGCAUGUGGAGCAUUUUGUGUGUGCUAAGUGUGAGAAACCCUUCCUGGGCCACCGUCACUAUGAGAGGAAGGGACUGGCUUACUGUGAGACGCACUACAACCAGCUCUUUGGAGAUGUUUGCUAUCACUGCAACCGUGUCAUUGAAGGAGAUGUGGUGUCGGCUCUGAACAAGGCCUGGUGCGUCAACUGCUUCGCCUGCUCCACCUGCAACACCAAGCUGACUCUGAAGAACAAGUUUGUGGAGUUUGACAUGAAACCGGUGUGCAAGAAAUGCUAUGAGAAGUUCCCCCUGGAGCUGAAGAAGAGACUGAAGAAGCUCGCGGAGACAGUGGGUCGCAAGUAGAUAUCCACGCCUCCAGAGGGCGCCACUGAUCAGCCAGGACCCGCCGAAUACUGAAGGGCUGAUCUGCUUUGAACCAGUUUCCUUUACACUGUGCUUUCCUCAUUUUAGUCAAUGUAUCGCCAAUGUAUGCUGUCUUUAGAAACAAUCAGAAAUGGCCAGAUCCUCAUUUUCACAAGGGCUAGUUCUAGUGAAGGGAUUUCCUCAGUUUAAUAUAAAUGCAAAGCAUUGAAAUAUUGCUUUCUUGUGUGACUUGGCAAGAAAAUGAAGUGUACACAAAAUUUAUUUUUUGGAUGUGCUUUUGCCAAUGUGAUGGAAAAACACAUACAUGGAAUUCACACAUGAACUUACGCGACACUAACAUGUAUCCAUAUUAGUACCUGGUACAUGACUUACGAGUGUGUAUGAUUACACAUUUGUUACAUCCAAAGACAAUACAAUAUAUUAGUUUAAUUAUUGUUCCCGUUUCCAAAAUGGAUUGUUUCAACAUAUACAUUUUUUGCAUGGUUUUAUAUUCUGUUUAUAUAUCUGCAUUUUGCCUUAUUUUUUAAUAUCUUCUAUGCAUAGUGGACAUUUAUAGUCUAUGUACUGGGCAAUUUUAGAGGACUGUUUGUUUGAGAAGUGUCUCCUUUGGUGCAGUGUUAUGAGAUUGACAACUGCUGCCUUAAAAUAUAAACACAGUGUAUCAUUACAACUCACUUUUAUGUUAAGAGUAUUACUGUUUACUGUUGAAUGAAACAGAAUAGUUUGCCAUGGAAAAUGGAUGGCAUGGAUGUAAAAUGUUUGUCAAGUUUGGAGAGGAGAGUUAUUGUGAACAUUUUAUAUUUGUAUGGGGGGGGGGGGUGGGUAAGCCAUGUCAGAUUAUCAGGAGCUAGCAUUUCCCCCUCCCUUUGGUCAAAAUCUUGUAAGCCUCUUUGCGAUAAACAUGUUAAGUUUGAAAUGGUAAGAAUCUAUGCAUUGUUUCAGACAAACACCAAAAUGCAUUUCAUUUUAUGAUAGUAUUUAACCUUGUGAUUUAUUUAAAUGCAUUUGCAUAUUGUAUGCCUCAUCGUGAACGCAUUGUACACAUUCCACAGCCAAGUGUGGUUUACACUUGUUAAAGCAUGAUUUCCUGAGGAAAGAUAAGUACCAGAUGCUUGUUUCGCGCACAGUAUGAAUUAACUACUGCUGAGUCUAUACAGGUUUCUAAAAAAUGUAUUCUGUGUUUAACUUGGUGCAUGUCUGCAGCUUUCAAUGUCCGGUUAUUUCCAUUAAUUUGCAUGGGUUUUCCCUGCAAAUUUCAAUUCAGCAUUUACUCAUGCACUGAUCACUGCUUCACUGUAGUUUGUGCCUUUUAUUACACAAAGUUAUAGUAUCAAAUAAAAGAUUAUCCAUCCCAUUA